AUGAAGUUAGUAACUCACAACGGAAGAUUCCAUUAUGAUGAAGUUUUGUCAACAGCAAUGCUAUUGAGGAUGUAUCCGAAAGCAGAAGUUGAAAGGACGAGAGACAAGGCAGCAUUUGAGCAAGGAGAUAUUGUUUAUGAUGUUGGCGGAGUUUUUGAUCCUGAAAAAAGACGUUUUGAUCAUCACCAACCAAGCUUUACAGAAACAUUUUCUGAAAAAUACAACAUUAAGUUGAGCAGUUGCGGACUCGUAUUCAAGUACAUGCAUAAGAAUUUCCUUUCGCUUUAUGGAAUAAAACCAGAUAUUAAGAUAUACCAGACUAUUGUAGACAAGAUAUAUUCCGAGUUUUUCCUGUAUGCAGAUGCAAUUGAUAACGGAUGCGACAUAAAUGGGAGUGUAAGCAUCAGGAGCAUGCCAGACUUUGUGGCUUCGUUCAAUCCUGAUGAAAACUCUGGUGAUAUGGAAAAAAUACGCUUUAACGAAGUGCUUGAGAUAGUUGGAAGAGAUCUGGACAACUACAUGGAUAGAGUCAGCAGAUGGGCAAAUAAUUAUGUAUAUGUGGAGCAAAAGGUUUCUGAGGUUGAUGAUGAGUUUUUAGUUCUGGAUAGGUAUUGUAACCCAGAUUUAAUUCUUGAAGUUGAGAAGAAAUACAAUAAGAACAUCAAGAUAAUUAUUUUUCCUUCUGUUGAUGUUUACAAGGUAAUUGCCAUUCCAAAGUUCAAGGGAACAUUCGAAACUAAGAAUCCACUGAAGAAGGAGUGGCGUGGGCUUAAAGAUGAAGAACUGGUGGAGGUUUCUGGAAUAGAAGGCUCGGUGUUUGUUCACAUAUCUGGAUUCUUGGGGAUUAAUAAAACACUCCCAAAUGCCAUCAAAAUGGCAGAAAUGUCUCUUGAAGCAAAUACAGAAUAA